AUGUCAUCGCAAAGCCAACCUGACGUCAACACUCUGUUGCACAACAUGCGUGCACAGAUUUUGGCACUGACCAUGCAACUCGCUGAGAUGCAGGCACACACCCCUGCAGCAACCCCCUCGGUUGAGAAGACGUUUAACAAGAAAGUUGAAGUCGUUACUGACUCCGGCGCCUUCAAAGGAGACAGAGUGCGAUUCGCCGAAUGGUGGAUCAAGCUCUAUAUUUGGGUCAAGGCAAACUGGGAUGUGUUUGCCGUGGGUCAAUACGCCCAAGUAAGGCUCCAAAAAUGCUACACUGUGGGUGUGUGGCCUACCUGGGAUGAUCUCAAAGUAGAGAUCGAAAAAUACUUCAAACUGCAAGCUGAGUGUAACUGGGCGCGUCAGCAGAUCCGUACCAUCAAGCAAGGAAACAUGAGGACAGAUGAUUUCAUAACCCGGUUCCUGGCUCUCUCCAUCCAAGGGGGCUUAGGAAAUGAACACACAGGAGAGCUAUUGAAAUGCAAUGUGAACCCUCAUAUUGCAGAAUCACUCUCACGGGUUCCAACCAUACGGGUUGCAACCAGGGCGGGCUGUGGGCAGGAGGGCACAUGGCCUGAGAUUGUGCGCCAAUUAGAAGUGGAAAAACCGGAUGAUUGGCUCAAUUCUUUGGCAGGUCGUUCUUACGAUGAAAUCCGGGCUUUCUUCUAUGACCAACAGGUCAAUGAAAUGAAGGCCCAGGGAAAAGAAUUCGGAGCAUAG